CACCAUUCGCAGCGGAGGCACACAGCGGGUUUGAGUCCCGCCCUGUCUUGCUUUGCCCGUUUGUGCUCAUGGUUUGUUAAUGCUGUUGUGGUCGCCGGUCCGUACCCGCCCAAGAAUCCGCGCAUAUCGCGAUCACGACAGUCACUCAGCCACUCGUCAGGAGCAGAGGGUCAUGAAUCGCCUCUCUAUGGUCAGUCACAAGCCAUCGCCUGUCCUUCCUUCCCUGCCGUGUGCCUUUCGUCCUCUUUGUCCUCGGGCGAGGAGCGCGAGCCGCCUGUCCGUGAUAGGCAGACAGACGGCUGUCGUUCCACCAUCGAAGAUGAAGAAAGCAACGGCAGGCACGUUUCCCACCGCACCCGGCAUGCAACGUCAAAAAACCGUCAGAAACAGAGAGAGUGGAUACAGCACUCAGUAGCGUCGUCUCAACAGCCGCCGUUCCGUGUGCCAUCAUCGUACGACACUGUCAUCAUCUCCUCUUGCGCUGCUUCCUCCCCGCAGUGCUAUCGGUAGCGUCCACGUUGAGCUCAUCAUAGAUCUUCGCCAGCUCCCCCGUCGGCACAGAGUUGAAGUAGAUGAUCCUGAGCGACCAAACACACGCACGCACCGGUGCACAGAGGACACACCCAUAGACAAACGCGCGGCGCGCAGGCAUAUCUCUCUCACUGCACAGCUCACCCGAUGAUGAUGGCGCCGGCAACGAUGGCAGCAGUGAUGGGCAGGAUGAGCAGAGCCUGUCGAGAGAAGUUUUUGAUCAAGAAGUCGGCAAGGCGGUUCAGCAGCCCGACAGAAUCGGCUUGGGAGAGGAUGAAAGAUGACUCAGCUGGCAUCAGUGACAGUGGAUCUGAGGACAGCGAUAGCUGGGACAGCUGGGUGGGCUCCAGUGCUGUCCUUGGAGGUGCAUGGCUGCGAGGUCGGUGCCGGAUCAGCUG